AUGGGGCGGCGGGGGGCUGGGAAGAGGGAGCCGCCGUCGCGGAGCCCCGCCGGCAGCAUGGUCCCCUCCGCGCCAGUGCUGCGGCUGCUGCUGCCGCUUCUGGUGCUGGGGCGGCCGCUGCUCGGGGCGCCAGGUCAGGGCGCGGGCACCUGGUCCCGCUUCGCCCGGCUGCCCUACCCGCAGGACCAGCUCUUCCUCCACGACACCUUCCCCGACGGCUUCCUUUGGGGGGCGGGCAGCGCCGCCUACCAGACGGAGGGCGGCUGGCGCCAGGGAGGCAAAGGUGCUUCGGUCUGGGACACCUUCGCCCACCGCCCGUCCGCGCCGGCGGGCGGCGACGUGGCCAGCGACAGCUACAACAACCUGUUCCGCGAUGCAGAGGGGCUCCGGCGCCUGGGGGUCUCGCACUACCGCUUCUCGCUGUCCUGGGCCCGGCUGCUGCCCAAUGGCACAGCGCCUGUCAACCCCGCCGGGCUGGCCCACUACAGCCGGCUCCUGGGCCGCCUGCGGGAGCUGGGCAUCGAGCCCGUAGUCACCCUGUAUCACUGGGACCUGCCGCAGGGUCUGCAGGAUGCCUUUGGCGGCUGGGCCAGCCCUGUCCUGCCCCAGGUCUUCCGUGACUACGCUGAGCUCUGCUUCCGGCACUUCGGCGGGCAGGUGCGCUACUGGCUGACCAUGGACAACCCCUACGUGGUGGCCUGGCACGGGUACGGCACUGGGCAGCUGCCGCCCGGCGUGCGGGGAGGCCUGCACCUCGGCUACCAGGCAGCCCACCACCUGCUACAGGCCCAUGCUAAAGUCUGGCAUCUCUACAAUGACCAUUUUCGUCCAACUCAAAGAGGAAAAGUGUCCAUUGCCCUCAGCUCCCACUGGAUAAAACCUCAACAUAUGACUGAAAAGAACAUAAAAGAAUGUCAAAAAUCCCUUGAUUUUGUGCUCGGCUGGUUUGCUAAGCCCAUAUUUAUUGAUGGUGACUAUCCAGAGAGUAUGAAGAGCAACCUCUCAUCUCUGUUGCCUGAAUUCAGUGAGAUUGAGAAGAAGUAUAUCAAAGGAACAGCAGACUUUUUUGCUCUUUCAUUUGGAGCUACCCUGAGUUUCCAGCUCUUGGACUCCCACAUGAAAUUCCAGCAGUUGGAAUCAAUAAGCCUGAGGCAGCUCCUUUAUUGGAUAAGCAGUGAAUAUAACAACCCCGAAAUAUUCAUUGUGGAGAACAGCUGGUUUGUUUCUGGUAGCACCAAGAGAGAUGAUGCCAAGUAUAUUUACUAUCUCAAAAAGUUCAUUAUGGAAACUUUAAAAGCCAUCCGCUACGACGGAGUCAAUGUGUUUGGCUACACGGUCUGGUCUCUCCUGGACGGCUUUGAAUGGCACAGGGGAUACAGCAUUCGGCGUGGUUUGUUUUAUGUUGAUUUUCAAAGCCAUGACAAGAAGUUGAUGCCCAAGUCUUCUGUCUUGUUCUAUCAAAAGCUGAUAGAAAAAAAUGGCUUCCCACCUUUGCCUGAAAACCAGCCCAUAGAAGAUAUUUUUCCCUGUGGCUUUGCUUGGGGAAUUGUUGACAACUACAUUCAGGUAGACACGACACCCUCCCAGUUUCUUGACUCUAAUGUUUAUGUAUGGGAUGUUCACCAGACAAAGAAGCUUAUUAAACUGGAUGGAGUUUUCACCUCGAAACGCAAGCGUCACUGUGUUGACUUUGCUGCUAUCAGGCUCCAGACCUCUCUUCUGCAAGAAAUGCAUGUCACACACUUCCAUUUUUCACUGAAAUGGUCUUUAAUCCUUCCUUUAGGUAACCUUUCGCUAAUCAACCACACACUUGUACAUUAUUAUCAGUGUUUUGCUACUGAACUUCUCAGAGUUAACAUAACUCCUGUUGUUGCUUUAUGGCAACCCAUGGCUGAGAAUCAAGAGCUUCCAGUUUCCCUUGCCAAAUAUGGAGCUUGGGAAAAUGCAGAAACCAUUCAGGCUUUUGUUGAGUAUGCCAGAUUCUGCUUUACAAGCCUUGGGGACCAUGUCAAAUUUUGGAUCACAAUGAAUGAACCGCCUGUGAAAAACUUGACAUACACCGCAGGGCACAACCUCUUGAAAGCCCAUGCGAAAGCAUGGCAUCUUUAUGACAAAGAAUUCAGGAGAUCUCAGAAAGGCAAAAUAUCUAUAGCUCUGCAAGCCGACUGGGUAGAACCAGCUUGUCCCUUUUCCAGGAAUGACCAAGAAGUUGCUGACAGAAUUUUAGAGUUUGACAUUGGCUGGCUUGCAGAGCCCAUCUUUGGGAAUGGUGAAUACCCACAGGUGAUGAGAGCAUGGCUUCACCGAAGAAACGGUGUUGACUUGUAUAAUUUCCACUUGCCUUAUUUCUCAGAAGAUGAAAAGAAGUUAAUCAAGGGCUCGUUUGAUUUUUUUGCUUUGAGUCACUACACUACUACUCUUGUGGGCUGGGAGAAAGAAGAUGCAGUAAAAUAUGACCACUAUCUUGAAGCUCAAAUGAUCAAUGACAUCACAUGGCUGCACUCCCCUAGCAGAGCUGCAGUAGUGCCCUGGGGACUGCGUAAAUUGCUGAAGUGGGUUAAAUCAAAGUAUGGCAAUGUCCCAACUUAUGUUCUGGCUAAUGGAAUUGACGAUGGCCAGAAUAUGGUGCAUGAUAAGCUCAGAGUAUAUUAUAUACAGAAUUACAUCAAUGAAGCUUUAAAAGCUUACACUUUGGAUAAUGUUAAUCUGCAAGGAUAUUUUGUCUAUUCUUUUAAUGACAAGACUGCUCCUAAAUAUGGUCUCUACAGUUACGUUGCAAAUCAAUACGAACCAAAGCCUUCUAUGAAACAUUACAGGGAAAUAAUUGACAAUAAUGGCUUUCCUGGUCCUGAAACUCCUGAGGUGCUGUGUCCAGAGGAGAUUGCCUCGUGUCCUGAAUGCCAUUUCUUCCGAACCAGAAAAUCAUUAUUAGCUUUUAUCUCUUUCAUAUUUGUUGCUUUUAUUGUUACUAUAGUCUUCAUUAUUUACUACUCCAAGAGGAUAGAAAGAAGGUAUAAAUAGAGCUGCCCCGUUGAAUACAUCACUUGCUGCCCUUCCUCAUGCAUUCCCUUGGGAAAUCUGAAGUAAGAGCACACAAGGUUGUCAUUUCUUCAGCACUAGGAAGACAUUUACAUUGCCUGAUACUGCAGGACAUUGAUGCUGAUAAGAAAUUGCUAGCAUAUGGCUUCCAGAAAUCGUUUGCUCUGGUUUAGUACAUUUGGUUUAUGACCAGUCCAUAAUUCCUGUGGUUGGAGUUCUCUCACAACUUUCCCUGGGACCUGUUGUUGAUGCUUUUCUCUCCUUGGUUUUGCCUCACUGAGUUGGACAAGUGAAAGCAUGGUUCGAAGACAUGGAGUGAUGGAAGACCUAAAUGUUAAAUUCUCCAAGAGAAAACUGAGGAGAAACAAAAUGGCUUACUUUUCCAAGUUAGGGUUUAAUGCUGAUGUUGCUUGAUCAGAGCCAGAACCUGACUGGAGCAGGGAACAUGGCUGAGCAGAGACGGAGGAGAAUUGCACAAAGGAGUGCUGGGGGAAAGGAAACUCCCUUUCCUAAAGCAGAUGCAGGGGGAAGAACAGGGGGACACAAGUCUCUGCUUCUGGGAGCACUGGGUGCAUAGGUUAACUACUACUUAGGUUGCUGACAGCUGCAUCUGACUUCAGGAUGUCAUUGGGGAGCUUCAGCUAAAGGAACUGUGUCUUUCUCAGUGGGGAAAGCAGCAGGGGUAUGUCCAGGGAUGGCAGGGGUCAAGCUAUCUGAUGGGAAGAGAUGGAAGAGGCGAAAGGGCUUCUCUUUGAUUUGCUCAGUAAAAAAGCAGAGUGCAGGCUCUGGUAUGUCUUUGCUGUCUCAGUUGUCAGGAAGCUAUGUGCCUGACUCUGCACUCUAUUGCCCUGUGCGCAUAGACAUGGCAGGGCUGGAACACCCCAUCACUGCACUUCUUGCAGCAAGUUGCACACCGCUGCCACUCUAUUGCUGCCCACCUACUUACCUGCUGGAAACUUGUGGGUAAUUUAGUAAGAUGAUUUCUGUGUGCCAUUUAUGUUGAGUGUGGAGACUUUAAAUCCCACCAUUUGGUGUAAUAAUCCAGCACUUUAUUGCUGCUUUUGCUAGGGUCUGAGAUCCUGGAGGUGUUGCUCCAAGCCUCUUACAGGUUAGCUGGAGGGUCUCCUGUGAGCAACUGGAUCUGCCUCUGGCAGCAUUUCAUCCCAAAGUAUUACUGAACAUCUGAAGGCCUCUCAUUUUUCUCUCAGCAAGACAAAUUAGCAAAAUAUUAACAACAUCAUUGUUUAUUAGUAGGAAAAAAUCACUACAUUAGGAGUGUCCUCAGUAUAAAGCAGUGAAGUAAUUUUCAUCUGCUCUCACGCUGUAGGCCUGCAUUGCCUUCAGCUGUAAUUGUAUUUUUAUUGCUAUGUGAAUAAUGUUGCUCACUGGAAAGAAUAUUUUAAAGGAAAUGUGCUUUGUGUUAAUUAAGAAUUAUUUACCUACUAAAGCUGAUUGUGCUGUAUUAAAUGUGAUGUUUAUCUACUAGAUGACUAGUAGAUGUCUAAAUGACCUCCCAGGAUUCCUUUCAACCUGAAUACUCUAUGAAUCUGUGAUUCUAUACUGUAAGUUAAAACAUAUGAAAUGUAAUUUUCAUUGUAAUUUAAAAUUAUAUUUUUUUCUUAAGUGUUCUAUAGGAAUAGAAAAGAAUUAGGAUCUUAUCAUAAUGAUUAAUAUAUUUGUUCUCUAGUUCCAGUCUUAAAAUUGUCUCUCUUUGCACUAAUGUAUAUUUUGGUAUCGAGAUUAAAGUGCAAAAUUCAGGGUAAGUGAUGAAGUAUUAAAAAUAUAUAUGAAAAUUAUUUAUAGCCUAGACAUGCUGAAGAAGAGAAAAAUUUAAACUGCUGUAUAUUUAUGCAUUGGUGCCUGGCACAGUGUGGAUUAGAAAGAAAUAACUCUCCCUAAAUAUGUGAAAUGCCAAAUGGCUUUCCCCACGGCAUGGCAAUGAAUCACCUUGCAAUACAUGACUCCAGUAGUCAGAAGCCUUCACAGUACAUAACAAAAAGUGGUAUUCAUUUCAUACAGAGAGUAGCCAGGUCAUACCUAACUUAGAAGUGUGUGUGUAUGUAUGUUCCAAUUAUUUUGCUGUUGGUAAAGCAAAAAGGCUCUGGGCCUGAUCUCUCUUUUUUGACAGGGGUUCAGGGGGCCUGGUCAGGGCAAAUCCAGAUGAGCUCAGGUGCCAUGCUGUUGGGCACCAGCCUGUCCUGACAGUUCACUAACAAUUAACCAUCCAGUGAGGUGAUGCCAUGUGAUCUUUAACGGCCCAGCCACAGAGCGAUGUGUGAAACAGCAGUUGGAGCACGAAGGAGACACUGCAAGCUCUUCCUGUGGAGGCUGGGUGAUAUGUAACCACCGACAGGCAGAUGGCACCAGCUGGAUAUCUAAUUUGUAGGUAAAUUGGGAUUUGUUGCUAUGAAGCUAUAUGAUCACAUCCAUUCAUGGUGCUGUGGCCCAUAGAAGUAAUGCAGCCUUUGGCACAAUUACCUUCAGAAGAGUUUUAAAGUAUCACUGCAGAGCAGUGACCGGCGCAAGCUGGGCACAGUAGUUGCCAAAGUCCUCCUAAGCAGUGCUGCCUGUGCACAGUGAUAUGUGACUCUCAGAGACUGAACUGCACAGUGAUGGGCCAGGGAAAACACAGGCCGGUGUGAUGGAGGUAAUGGUAUGGUUUUGCUUUGGGAAUCUUCUUCAUUUUACGUAAUCAGGGGCCAGCGUCUUGUCAAUCUUGAAAAAAAAUCAUGCUCCACUAACAGCAAAAAAGCCCCUGAAUAGGCAAAGAUUAGGUGCCUGUCCAAGGAGAAUUGUGGUGUGCUCAUGCAAACUUAUGGGCUAAUCACCUCUUGCAAUCAGGCUGUGAGAUGUGGGGCACUUCUUCCGUUCGAUACCCACAUGCGAGCAACGAUCUCGCGCUUCCCCAUCACCAUCUGUGCAUCUAGAGCAGAAAUGCCGACAGUAGCAAGGACUUUGAGCAGAGGGGACUCCAUAGUCAGGCUACAAAGACAGUUCAGGGGAGGAUGGUGGUUUAUUUUCUGAAGAGCAACCGGAGUCUGUGUGUGAUGGAUGUUAACGUGUAGUAUCUUAUGUAGACUAGUUUCUUGAUUUUAACACUGUUUCUAGAAUGAAAAGUUGUUGUCAGUUUGCUCAAUACUUCAGAUCAAACAUGUUGCAAAAGAAGAAAUUAGAUUUUUAUUAAAAAUAUUUUUGA